GAAUAUUUUGCCUGGCAGGACUGCCAACUACAAUGCACAUGUGCUUAUUUGGAUAGGAUUAAAGUACAAUGUGCUGAGUGUGCAGGACAAGAAAUCUGAAGAAAUGGAAUAUGCUUGGAAGUGAUCAUUUGAGGAGGGGUUCAUCAGUGUGAUCACACACCUUUUGCUUUGGGACCAGAGUGGUACACCCUCUAGUUUCUCUUAGUUUUCUGGAGCGCUUGACUUAGCUAAGAACAUGAUGCUACUGACACUGAGGUUUUUCUGGCUUGCAUUUCUCUGGCCCGUCACCCUGCUUACUGACAGCCAAUUCCCUAGCCGACGCAGGCAGAAGAAUUUAUAUCUACAGGAGAAUACAUGGCACAAACUUGGAGGACAAAUAGCCUUUAAAAUGAAGAAUACUGACAGCACCAAGUCUAUGCUAAUUAAAUCAGAACAGCUUCUGCGCAUUGAGGACCAGGACUUUGCCUUGAGACCUGGCUUUGGAGGUUCAGCUAUUCCGGUGGGUAUUGAUGUGCAGGUGGAAAGUAUUGACAGCAUCUCAGAGGUUAACAUGGACUUCACAAUGACGUUGUAUUUGAGACACUACUGGCAGGAUGACAGACUGGCCUUCCCAUCAACCAACAACAAGAGCCGAACAUUUGAUGCACGACUUGUGAAGAAAAUAUGGGUGCCAGAUGUCUUCUUUGUUCAUUCCAAGCGUUCUUUCAUUCAUGACACUACAAUGGAGAACAUCAUGUUGAGAGUGUAUCCAGAUGGAAACAUUCUCUACAGUGUCAGAAUCACUGUGACUGCUUUGUGCUCUAUGGACUUCAGUAACUUUCCUCUAGAUACACAGAACUGUACUCUGGAACUAGAGAGUUGUGAGUACUGAUAUGCUUACAAUGAAAAUGACCUCAUGCUCUACUGGAAGAAUGGGAACGAUUCAUUAAGGACUGAUGAGAUUGUACUCUCACAGUUUUUUAUUGAAGAAUUCCACCCAUCCUAUGGGCUAGCUUUUUACAGCAGUACUGGCUGGUAUAACAGACUCUACAUAAAUUUCAUACUGAGGAGACACAUCUUCUUCUUUAUGCUUCAGACAUACUUCCCCACCAUGCUCAUGGUCAUGCUCUCCUGGGUCUCCUUCUGGAUUGAUAGGAGGGCAGUCCCUGCUCGUGUUUCACUAGGUAUCACCACUGUGUUGACCAUGUCCACCAUAAUCACUGGUGUGUCAGCUUCCAUGCCUCAGGUGUCCUAUGUGAAGGCUGUAGAUAUGUACCUGUGGACAAGUUUCCUCUUUGUUUUUCUCUCCGUCAUUGAAUAUGCUGCUGUUAACUACUUCACCACAGUGGAGGAGAUGAAGAAACUCAAGAGGGGAAAGCUGCCAGUGUCUUAUGCUGCAACAAAGGCUAUGGCGUAUGAUGGCUGUUUCCAUGACAACGAGAUUGACCUAUCACAUUUUCCUGAGCUGCCGACUACCCCCAGCAUAGAACAGGCAGUGGUGCCCAUGAACUCACCAGUAGAGGCACCUACAGAGGGCACAAGGCUCUGGAGGAAGAGAUCAUUUCGGCACAACGUCAGCUUUAUAAUGAGCAACAGCUACAUGAUCGACUCAUACUCCCGUAUCAUCUUCCCUCUGGCCUAUCUGCUUUUCAACAUUAUAUAUUGGUCCUUGUAUUCAUGAACAAGAAAAGUGGAUAAAACACUUCAAGCACAAUCUAGUGGGGAGAUUUGGCCAGGUGGAUUGUGAUGAACAUAGAUUUAAAAAAAAUAAAAAUAGUUUUUUGUUUGUUUGGAUAUUUUUCUGUAGCAUUGUCACAACAAAUUAUGUAAACAUUCCACUAAAAUGAAAUUACAUGAAUAAAAUUUAAUAUGCUAUAUUUAUCCUUUGCCAAAGAAGUGUUUUUCAUAUUUAUGAUUAUUACUUAUGGCUGUAAAAGUGAUUGUUUUCUUAUUAAUUCAUAUAUCCUAGUUGUAUAUUUAUUUGGCCAUGUAAGCAAAUACAAAGGUGAAAUUAAAUAUGUUUUUAAAUAUGUUUCUUUUUUUUUUUUGGUUGUUA